AUGCAGUGGGCUUAUGUGGCGGCCCAUCCACCCCAGUGUUUGGCGGAGCAGCAGACGGCGAGCAGGGGUCAAUCAGGCCCCUUGCCUGUCUGUCGUCUUUGGUCGCCACACACUGUCGAGGAGGUGGCCUUAAUACAGUUGCCUUCACGCCAUGAUGUAUUGGCUGCGGACUUCAGCCCCAACGGCAAUCUGUUGUUUCUGCUGCUCUCGGACCCGCAGCAUUCUCUUGCGGUGUAUUUCCACCUCGCCCACGUGGUAGCUCAGCAGCAGCAACUCGCAGCCGCAACAAAUAACCAGCAGAAACCUCUCAAUCUGCCUCUGCUGCAGCCAGCCCACGUCAUUCCCUGCACGCGAUCGCCAUUGAAUGGCCUCACUAUCGAAAGUGUCGUCAGGACAGGGGGGGGGCAGAUAAGCUUCAGCAGAGGGCGCAGCAGGUGGAGGCAGGCCUCAGAUGCGUAUACACCUCCGUGCGGGAGCGUUCAAGCAGGAGAUGCACCGAGAUACUGCAGCGGUGAAGGGGCAUUGAUCCGUUUCGCUACUUUCGGUUUGGGUCAUCUCCGCCUGUGGAGUAUCAACGGCGAGCGGCCCUUUCAACCCCCACCAGCCCACGUCAUUCCCUGCACGCGAUCGCCAUUGAAUGGCCUCUCUAUCGAAAGUGUCGUCAGGACAGGAGGGGGGCAGAUAAGCUUCAGCAGAGGGCGCAGCAGGUGGAGGCAGGCCUCAGAUGCGUAUACACCUCCGUGCGGGAGCGCUCAAGCAGCAGAUGCACCGAGUGGAGGAGGAGGAGGAGAAGCAGGGGGAGGAGGGCAGAGAGGGGGGCCCCCUGAAGCCACGGCCUGCGCCUUCUUACCCUCGGGCGAUGUCAUCGCUGCUCUGGCAGACAGGCGUAUUGUGGUGUUUAGAGGGUUGGCUCCUCUCCGCUCUGUUUCGGUGCCCUCCUGCAGCAGCAAGAUUCUGUUGCUGCAGCCGCUGCAGAAGAGUUUGUUGCUGCUAGUGGCACAGGAGGGACUCGUUCAGUUGCUGCCCCUCACUGCCUUGACGUCGGCAGCAAACAACAAAAAGACGGAGUUUCCACACUCCCCAGAACACCCAGACAGCCUCGCUCGCCUGCAAUCCUUCGUUCGCCAGCUCCUCCACCUUUUGCUACUGGAGGAAACUGCUCGUCUCCUGCAGGACAAACCCUUAGGCAGCAUCGACGUCGCAGCUCUCCUCGCUCUACCCGCCACCCCCGGGCCCCCUGAAGCCUCCACAACACCGCAUCCACAGACGUGCCAAAAUGACGCGCAAGAGCCGCAACAGCAGAUGCAGCUGCCGGAGCAGAUGCAACAACUGCAACAUCUCCCAGUCGACGGAUCCUCCAUCGUCGUUACAGGAGGCCGUUGUUGCGUAGGAGGAGAGCUCCGGCUCUGGCAAUUUCACCCCCUAUCGCGAUCAACUUUCCCCUUUUACCUCAAGUCGUCCGUCACAGCGGUUGCUGCUGCAGCAACGCGAGGAGCCGCCCAAGGCCUCGUUGCUCAGCAGCAGCAGCAGCAGCAACGGCGGCGUUUCUCACAGAGGCAGACGAGCUGCACCCCCCAGUGCGUGGAGCCUGCUGCCAUCUGUGCCUCUCGUGAAUUGCGUCCUAAGAGGUCUUUAACUACCCAGCAGGUGGCCAGUCGGCACCUUGGUAACCAGCGGGGUCAAGGAAGCGGAGGCCGUACCCCUUGGCUACCUCUGCACAGCUCGCAAGUUGUUGCUGCACACUGGAGCGAACCGCUUCUCCUUCUAUCUACACGUACACAACUAAUCCUCUUGGAUGCACUACAUCUCUCGGAGGAAACUGCUCGUCUCCUGCAGGACAAACCCUUAGGCAGCAUCGAUGUCGCAGCUCUCCUCGCUCUACCCGCCACCCCUGGGCCCCCUGAACCCUCCACAACACCGCAUCCACAGACGUGCCAAAAUGACGCGCAAGAGCCGCAACAGCAGAUGCAGCUGCCGGAGCAAGUGCAGCAACUGCAACACCUUCCAGUCGACGGAUCCUCCAUCGUCGUUACAGGAGGCCGUUGUUGCGUAGGAGGAGAGCUCCGGCUCUGGCAAUUUCACCCCCUAUCGCGAUCAACUUUCCCCUUCUACCUCAAGUCGUCCGUCACAGCGGUUGCUGCUGCAGCAACGCGAGGAGCCGCCCAAGGCCUCGUUGCUGCAGGGACAGAGGAGGGGACGGUCAUUCUGUUGGCUUUGUUGCGAAACGGCGAAGGCAUCCUCGAGCCGCCGUUGGUGUCGUUAGACCGACAAAUCAGCCCGCCGGGUCACGUUAGCUGUUUUCGCCUAAUCUCUCUCCCGUAUCAACUUGGAGAGAGAGGGACUGCCGACGCUGCUUGCUCUACUAACAGUCUUCUGGGUAGCCGGGGCCCCUGUGACGAUUAUUUGAGUAGCUACAAGCCGGCCUCCUUCCUCCUGGAUAUGGAACUCCUGGCUACCCUCCAUGUGCCCUUCGCUACACCCCCUAAGCUCCUUCAGUUUGGACAGACUUCUGUCUAUCAGGAUCAGCUUCUCGUUACCGGUCCGAAUGCCCCGCCAAGCGUCUUCUCCAUUCCAGAGGGCCGCCUGCUCGAUGCCAAGGCCCUUGACUCCUUCGUCCCUCUGUCGCUACCCGCGCCCCUCGUCCUAGGACCGGAAGGAUCCUCACGUUAUUCUGAUGAUGCUCUGCACACUGUCCUGCAUGAAACCUUCGCCAGAGGGAGUAGGAAUCUGCGUGUGCUGCCGGCGCCAAUACUCGUGACGGCAUCCAUCGGAUCAAGCAAAUUAUGUUUAGCGUACGAAAGCGAGCGACGAAUUUUGCUGGGGAUGCAGGUUUCAUCCCUUAUAUCAAAGCAGGAGCCGGUGUCCCAGCAACUGAUUCAGGAGGCUCGAAACGCCACAACUCAUGGGACGGAAGACGUGAGGACAGAGAACUUCGCGUGCAGUAAUCAGCAAAAGCCUUCUCAGGCUUCAAGGUUUCAUAGAGGAGCCGGGCUCGCGAGCCUGUUUCGUGACCUUGGACGAGUCCCAGUCUCGGAGUCAACCAUGUCCGCUGCUGUAACAGACGCCUCGAAGCAGUGCCAUCCCAAGCUAAGCUGGAACUCUGAAACACCUUCAGAACCAUUCGGGGUGAAACGCUUGGAAGAUCAAGAACUAGGCAACGAAGAUCAAGGAACUUUUGGGCGCAGAGGGCAAUUUCAAGAAAAGCAUAACCUAUCUGCUCUCAAGGAUGCUUCGCAUAGAUUCCUUUAUCGUGCAGCAGAGCAUCAAAACUCCUUUGAAGUCGAAGUCGUGCUCCCAGGGGGAACAAUUGAAAACGUUCGACGCGAAUUUGCCACGAAUAGUUUGCUCUUUUCUGGGCGGCUUAACGACCCUUCGUGGCGUAUUCAACUCCCAGGUGAUCCUGCUACUUGUCGACUUCGACUGCGUGUACCACUGAAAUUCCGCAUAUCGUCGAAUGCGGUCACCAUCGACCAGAAUUUUGCAAACGGCCACAUCUACGUCUCAAUUCAGAGAUGA